GUCACUCGCACCUCGAACUGCAGUGCGGCACACCCUGCAUCGCUGGUGAACCCCAAUCAACUGCAAUCAUAGGCCCGGGUGGUGCGAAGUGUUUGUGACGAUGGCAGAGUACAGUAUCAUCUUCCCUUCUCCACAAUCUCUACGCUCUUCUUUCACCUCACAUUCCCACUGUCCUCCUCUCACUCUCUUCUCCUUGAUCACAAUGGGCAGAGGUCGGAAUUGCUACAUCAGCUACACUGCCUUUGUGCUCCUCUCCAACGUCCCUGACGCGACUGCUGGCAGUAUCUGGGACGUCCACAUCCUAGAAGGCCCUGCCCCGCCCCCCGACAAAGGACCGCCUUUUUCUGCGCACGCAAGCCGUAAUCCCGCCUUGAUUCCCUACCAGAUCAUCGGCAUAAUUGGCGCGUAUAUUGGAAGUGUGCUUAUCGUCGGCUCAUUGCUUCUGACCGUGGGCCGCAAACUUCGCAAGAAAGCGCAGAAGAUGGCAUGCGAGCCAACGGAAAUGUUCAAGCCUCAAUCCACCGCGUUUGGGAGGAGCCCGACAUCACCUACCGGCGGUCGGCACUGGUAUUCCCCACGACGCUUAGCCGACAAGCGAAGCAUGAGCAGCAGCGUGCAGCCAGUGACCAGCAAUCAAGUCUCGCCAGGCCUGGAUAGCGUUGCGAGCUUCGACAACAGCGUGCUCGAAGCAGACCGGCGCAAAAGAGAGGCGGAGAUGGAGCGGCUGUAUGCCGCGGUCCUCGCACAGGACGAGUCGCAGGAUCCUGAUGGCAUAGCCUCCACGGUGCCAACAGUGGACAUGCCGCCCGAGUAUUCGAGUAAGGCCAGUGUUCGGCCAAUCAACUACGAUCCGAGCUUACGGCAAGGGCCAAGUUACACCUCUACCCCUCGCGGCUGGGCUCCGGAGUCUCUGGCCCAGGCUAUGUACGCAACCGACCCCGAACUGCCAUUUGAUGCUUCAUCGCCCAAGAGUCCUCUACAGUCGGACUACUCGCGAUGGGCGCCGUCGCAGCAAGAUCACGCCCGGAAUGUGUAUGCUAGAGGAGACUCCGAGCCGAACUCUGCACGUGCGAAACACUCUCCACGCAAGAAAACGCGCAAAUCACUUCGCAACAUCAAGAUCAGCGGGCCUAUUAUGCGCGACGACGAUGACAGCGGCGACGACCGCACGCCUCUGUCUCCACGAUUCUAUGCCAAUCCGAGUACUCCUCCAGAGCCGCCGGCGAAAGAUACCCCGCGCGUCAGGACCUUUCAAUCAGGCGGCAUCAGCAAGGGUGAUCAAGCACGGGACCUGGCGCUGUUGAACGCGCAGAUUCCGAGCGAGCAAGUCAUGGCGAAUGCAUCACGGACAGUGCUUGACGCCGGCACCACCCAACGAGCCGGUCCGAGCAGGGUAGGGGCGAGGGGCAAUGGUGUGCUGCCUCUGCGCGAAAUGAACCGGCAAUACGCACAGCAGGCACAGACGUCCCACGCAACCACGUUCCCCCUCUCGCCCGGGCAUUGGAAUGCCACAUCGCCCACGCAUGGCAAAUAUGCCAUGAGCGCGGGCCCGGUGAAGACUACAUUUCUCGAGGCUCGUCGGGACCAGUUCGCAGGGCCGCGCACGGGAUUGCCCACGCCGUACAGUCCGUACAUGCCGUUCACGCCUCUGACGCCGGUGACGCCUCACCUGACGAGCAAGGCGGAGCGGAAGCAAAAGGAAAGGGAGGAGAAGAGGUUCCAGAAACCGAUCAUGGAGGAGGAUGCGGUGGCGGAUGAGAAGGAGCUGUGGAGCUCGGGGUAUUAGAUACCUUCCCUGUAGUAGGUCGGCACACUGGGACGAUUGUCGAGUGUCGGGGGGAGGGUAAUCAUGAAUGUGUAUCUCGCACAACCUCGAUUACGCCAAGACGCAGCACGCGUUGCGCUCCAAUCGGACGGCAGCGCAAAGUCGAUAUGGGCUUAUGGGCGUGGCGCCGAGAUGAUGACGGACUUGGCGGGGGAGUUGGAGGGUGGUGCGUGUGCCAGCUUUGCAAGUCGACAGACAGGUUGCAGGAUGUGAACAUCAUUACCUA